UUAAUUGACACAUAGAAAAGCAUGAACUUUGUUAGCAAUACGUAGCCAAUUUUGAUUUUGAAUUUGACUGGUUGAACAAGUCAAGUAUGACUUCAUGGAUGAUGGAUCACCCACCAUCUAUAAAAAAAAGCUGUAUUGGUUUAGGAAAACAUAAGCUAGAAUGGCAGAGAUUAAACUACAUGGAUUUUGGUAUAGUCCUUUUACUUUAAGGGUAGUAUGGACCCUAAAUUUGAAGGGUAUACCAUAUGAGAACAUAGAGGAAGAUCGCUUCAAUAAGAGUCCUCAACUUCUUGAAUAUAACCCGGUUCACAAAAAGACUCCAGUGCUAGUUCAUGAUGGAAAACCUAUCUGUGAGUCUAUGAUCAUUGUUGAAUACAUUGAUCAGAUAUGGCCACAGAAUUCAUUGCUUCCUGCUGAUCCCUAUGACAGAGCUCAAGCUCGAUUUUGGGUCAAAUAUAUCGAUGAUAUGUUUUUAGCAAUUACGGCACACUUUCGUACCAGUGGUGGUGAAGAGCGAGUGAAGGCCAGAGAGAAUAUAUGGGAGCGACUCAAAGUUGUUGAGGAUCAGUGUUUGGAUGAUCAGAAGAAAUUCUAUGGGGGAGACACCAUUAACAUUGUAGACAUAGCUCUUGGAUCUUUUGUCAAUUUUAUUAAGGUUCAAGAUAGGUUUGAAGUGAAGAUCUUGCAAACGGAGAGAUUCCCCCGCUUGCAUUUAUGGUUUAAUAAAUUCAAGGAUGUUCCGGUAAUCAAAGAAAACACACCUAACCAAGAGAAGUUGGUGGCAUUUCUUAUUCCUCUUACUGAAAAAAUCAAGGCAUCUUCUUGAGAAAAUUAUGGCUUCUAUAUGAACUGAUAUAUACAAAGCAUUUGUAUCUUCAUGUGUAUUUCUUUAUGUUAAUUAUAGUUGCUUUAUGUUGUCUUUGUAUGUCAAUAAUCAAAAGAUUAAAAUAAUUUCAUUUCUUUCAAUAUUAAGAGUAUGUACCACACAUCUUAUAAAGUUAAAGUUUAGUUGAUUACUACCUUAUAA